AAAAAAAAAAAAACUUGAAGUGAUUUCAAAACGUUAAGUAUCUCUUACAAGGACAAAAUAGUACCAGGGGAUAACUUUAACAUGCACAAGGGGAGAACAUAUAAACUGGACAUAAAGAAUUCUGUCAAGAAUCUUAAACUAUAACUUAGGCAUUAUAUAGCAACAGCGCUAGCCACACUAAAAUAUGUAAUUCCAUAUGCAUAGAAUCAUUGUUGGAAAUUAUUCAUAAUAACGUGCCCCGCUGAUCUGUAAUUUGUAUAUUGCAAAUUAAUACCGAAAUCACUUGAUUAAAAAUAUAUUUAAACCCUUUCCUCACACUUACCUCACACGCUCAACAUCCAGUACUGUAUAUCUGUUUCCAGUCCUGUUUUACAAAUAGAGCCUUAACGUGAGAUUUUUUUGACUUCUUGUGCAUAAACCCAGUUUACUCUAAUCUUCAGCUAAACGUCGAGCAGCGAACUCUCGCAGAAAUCCUCGCGUUGUUGUGACGUAGAUUCAUUUAAGCGCGCGCGGGCGGGCUGAUAAUAACAAAGUGCAAGCUCUUCAACGUCGUAAAGCAAAAUGUACUUGUGCUGUUUUCUGCUCAAUGUCGCGCUGGCUGCUUUGUGGCAGACUAUAAAUGCUAAUGCGCCGCCUCGCUCUUUAGUCGUUCCUUUUGAGGUUACCCCUUUCCCACUGCGUCUCAUCAGCCCACGAGUGAAAGUACCAAUUGGUGACGAGAUGCCUGUGGCGGUGCGACGCGUCCUCACUCAACCUGUCUUGCUUCCCGGGGCCGCUGCCCAUCAUAGCGUGUCGGUAAAGUGUGGAGCAGUCAUGAUGGAAGUCCGAGUGCGGAAGAAUUUCCUUGGCGUGGGCUGUGUAGCCUCGGAGCUCAAGCUAGGGUCUCACUGUCGGAGCAACGUGGUGGACCGAGAGAAAGGAGAUUUGUUGUUCGUCUACCCGCUGCGGGACUGUGAAACCAGACGUCUGGUGCUUCCUGGCAAGGUGAUCUAUAAAAAUGUGCUUAAUUAUGUCCCAAGAAAAAAUUUGGGAAUUAUUCGGAGGAGUCAUUCAGUUGCCAUCCCCAUUGAGUGCUUCUAUUACAAGUUUCAUCAUGUUUAUAAGCUGGUGGCACACCCUGUUUUUAAAACUGCAAUUGUUGCCAAAGCACUGGAAAGCCAGCUUGGUUUUCAACUGAAAUUAAUGAACAGCACAUGGAUAGAUUCUUGGAAGAAGGAAUACCAAAUUGGACAAAUCGUGCAGUUGCAGGCUAUUAUUAAUCUUGAUGAUAAAAACAAAAAGCUUUAUGUCAAGUAUUGUUUUGCAACAAUGUCUCCAAAUCAUCAUUCAAAGCCUCAGUACGUCUUGGUUGAUAAUUAUGGAUGCUUGGUGGACAGUAAGUUUGGAUCUGGACAGUCACGUUUUGUAUCCCCUCGAAAGUACAACAUGAUUAGACUGGAUGUGAAGGCUUUUCAGUUCAACCGAAAACCAAAUUCUGAGGUUUAUAUUCACUGUUCCAUGGUUCUGACAGAUAAUCAUCCACCAACAGAGAUGACCAAGUCCUGCACCUAUAACCAAGUCACACAGAGAUGGGAAGAACUGGAGGGUUUGGAUGAAGUGUGCCAGUGUUGUGAUUCUACGUGUGGAGAGCGCUUUCACUCAUCAAAUCCUGAGCCAGGGGUUGUGGCAAGCAGUACUGUUACGGCAUUAUUAGUUGCUGGAAACGACAACGAAGAGGCCAGUGAUCUGGUCUGACGCAGGGCAUCUUUGCCAACGCAGAAGUGACUUUGAGUAGCAGGGCAUAAAAUUUGCCCAGCCUAGAAGAAAACAUUGGAACACAUUUUGUUUGUAUGUUCUUCAAGAUGGGGAUAUUUCAGGAGCUUUCUUGGAUGUGAAAAAAUAUGUAUUUUUGUUAAACAAAAAAAAAAGUAAAUGUGCUCUGAGUGAGUCACCUUGGUAAGAUGUGAUUUUUGAUAAGCAACAGGUCUUGAUUGCAAAAAGUAUGUAAAUUGUUACGGGGUGGUUUCAGUAUUGCAUCUGAACAGUGGACAAACAUCUCCUAUGAUUAGGAACAAGUCUGCACUGUUCUUAAAACUGGUUACAUCUGGGUUCAGCUAAAAAGCAGGUGCCCAUAUGUUGUCUUAAAUUUGUUAUAAGACUUCUGCACUGUUUUAAAUUUUUGAGCUCCUGUUGCAAAAGACUGUCCCUAUGUCAGAGUAGAUUGCAGAGAAUUGCUGGACCUGGAUGUGUACAGAAUAUUAUUUUUGUCUAGUCUUCACAAAUUUGACUUGUCAGGCAUAUACAUUCAUUGACUUCAUUCAUUUAAUGCAGUCUUGCUUAGGUCACGUGACUCUAGUCAGAUUUAUAAAGUCUAAUAUUUAUUAUUACUUGAGUGAUUCCAGGAAGAGGACGUGGAUGUUUUCUCAUAAAACUGAAUACUUGGACUCAAACCACAAAGCUAGUUGCCAAGAGUAAAGCAAUUUGAUAAGACUGCUAAAGAGUACACUUUAAAAAAAAAAAAA